AUGUGGGGCAGUCAGCAGAUGGAUACGAGCGAGCCGAUGGACCCGAAUGCCCAGCAGCAAAUGGGAUAUGCGCAAAUGCCCGGGCCAUCGGCUGUGCAGAUGCCACCCCAGAUUGACUACACCCGCCGGGACAACAACGACCCAACGAAGCCGAAUUUCGGAGGCCACUUUUCGUACUCGACGAACGACAUGUACCACCCGAAUGGCGUUGGCCAGGGCCCGAUGCGGAACCACUCGUUCGACUCGCGGAUCCGUUUCCAUCGAGACCAAAAGGGGCACAUCAAGGCCACCUUCAAGCUCAGGAACAAGAGCGACUAUCGGCAGGCUUUUAAAGUAAAAUGCUCACGGAACGAUCUGUUCAAAAUUAGGCCGCCGAUGGGGCUACUCGACUACAAGCAGGAGGCGGUCAUCGAGGUCGACUUCAACGAGGAGCGCCACUUCUUCGGCAUCUACCAUAUCCCGGCACCGGAAGGCUGCACAGCCGAGGGUGCCUGGUCCGAGCACUACGGUGUCGCGCAAGGGGAAUGCCGCGUGAAGGUCCAGUUCGACAUUUUAAAGGACAUGUACGAGACGAAG